GAGCCGGCGGCGGCUUCAGCUCGGUGAACACCUGAGGCUUAGCGGCCGCCUGUUGUGUCUGCCGCUGGGCCACCAGGUUCAUGUGGAGGCUCCCAGGCGCCCGCGCCGCGCUUCGUGGGGUCCGCGCGGCGGUGGAGCGACACAGCCAGGCGGAGCCGGGUCGAGUCCUCAGCCGGAUCGCCACCAACGCCCUUAAAGGCCACGCGAAAGCGGCCGCGGCCAAGAAGAGCCGGAAGAACCGGCCAAACGCGAGCGGCGGCGGAGCCUGUGCGGGGCCUGGGUCUGAGCAGGCGGCGGCCUGCGAGCCCGUGGUGAAGCUGUACUACCGGGAAGAGGCGGUGGCCGAAGAUGUGCUCAACGUGGACGCCUGGCAGGACGGUGCGGUGCUGCAGAUCGGCGAUGUCAAGUACAAGGUGGAGCGCAACCCGCCCGCCUUCACCGAGCUGCAGUUGCCACGGUACAUCAUGGCCGGCUUCCCGGUGUGCCCCAAGCUCAGCCUCGAGUUUGGGGAUCCCGCCGGCUCCCUCUUCCGCUGGUACAGGGAAGCCAAACCGGGAUCGGCGGAGCCGGAGGGCGGGGGCCCCUCGUCAUUGUCGCCCUCCUCGCCCAGUACUAGCUGGACGAGCACGGGCGUGGACGAGCGCGUCUACACCCCGUCCAAUGCCGAUAUCGGGCUGCGUCUCAAGCUUCAUUGCACCCCAGGCAAUGGGCAGCGCUUCGGGCCCAGCCGGGAGUUGGAAAGUGUGUGUCCAGUGGAGGCUGGGCCCGGCACUUGCACCUUCGAUCACCGGCAUCUCUACACGAAGAAGGUGACGGACGACGCGCUCAUCCGCACGGUCUCCUACAACAUCCUCGCCGACACGUACGCCCAGACCGAGUUUUCGCGGACCGUGCUGUACCCGUACUGCGCCCCUUACGCCCUGGAGCUCGACUACCGUCAGAACCUGAUCCAGAAGGAACUCACCGGCUACAACGCCGACCUCAUCUGUUUGCAGGAGGUUGACCGCGGCGUGUUCACGGACAGCCUGGUGCCGGCCCUCGAGGCCUUUGGGCUGGAGGGCGUGUUUCGAAUCAAGCAGCAGGAAGGCCUGGCUACCUUCUACCGAAAGUCCAAGUUCAGCCUCCUUAGCCAGCAUGACAUUUCUUUCCACGAGGCCCUGCAGUCCGACCCACUUCACAAAGAACUGCUGGAGAAAUUAGUGUUGAACCCUGCGGCCCAGGAGAGGGUGUUCCAGAGGUCGUCUGUCCUUCAGGUUUCUGUUCUUCAGUCUACAAAGGAUUCUUCUAAAAAGAUAUGUGUUGCUAAUACCCAUCUCUACUGGCAUCCCAAAGGUGGGUACAUUCGUCUCAUUCAAAUAGCAGUAGCCUUGGCUCACAUUAGACAUGUCUCAUGUGAUCUGUAUCCUGGCAUACCAGUUAUAUUUUGUGGGGACUUUAAUAGUACCCCAUCAACAGGAAUGUAUCAUUUUGUCAUCAAUGGCAACAUUCCAGAGGAUCAUGAAGACUGGGCUUCCUAUGGGGAAGAGGAACGAUGCAACAUGUCUCUUACCCAUUUCUUGAAACUGAAAAGUGCUUGUGGUGAACCUGCUUACACAAAUUAUGUUGGUGGCUUUCAUGGAUGUCUGGAUUACAUUUUCAUUGACUUAAAUGCUUUAGAGGUUGAACAGGUUAUUCCACUACCUAGUCAUGAAGAAGUUACCACCCACCAGGCCUUACCUAGUGUUUCUCAUCCCUCGGAUCACAUAGCACUGGUAUGUGAUUUAAAAUGGAAAUAGAUUUGUGUUUAAUGGAA